CUAUUUAGUAGGGUAGGUACAAUACAAUACAUACCUACAUAGGGUAUUACUUACCGUAUUAGAGAAAUCUAACAUCAAUAAGUGGUGCGAUAAUUUUAUACGAGUUUUACUUUGGAAAUAUUAUUCCUGUAGAAAUUAUUCCUGAAGAAAAAUACUAGAACAAGAUAUCUCAUCUCACCUUGCCUUGAUUUUGCUUAUUCAAGCGUUGGCUUAUAUUAAAAAAGAAAAAAGGAAAAAAGGAAAAAAGGAAAACAUAGAUACAAAAUGAGUCCUGGGCCAUUAUAUCUCGGGUUUGAUCUCUCAACUCAGCAGUUAAAGGCGAUUGUAAUCGCCUCUGACCUCAAGGUCAUCUCCGAAGCUAAAGUCGACUUCGAUGCCGACUUUGCUGCCAAGUAUCAUAUCAAAAAGGGUGUACAGACAAACGAAGAUGAAGGCGAAGUCUACGCGCCUGUGGCCAUGUGGGUUGAGUCCGUGGAUCUUGUCCUAACACGUUUGAAGGAGAAGGGAUGUCCUAUGGACCGCAUUAGAGGCAUUAGCGGUUCUGGUCAGCAGCAUUCGAGUGUCUAUUGGAGUGAACAUGCCGAAUCAUCCCUAAAGAGUCUUGACAGUGGAAAGCCUUUACUCGACCAACUAUCCAAUGCCUUCGCCUACGAGUUUGCGCCGAAUUGGCAAGACCACAGCACGCAGACCGAAUGCGACCACUUUGAUACUCACCUAGGCUCCAAGCAGGCAUUGGCUGAUGCUACUGGGAGCUCUGCCCAUCAUCGUUUUACAGGUACGCAGAUAUUACGAAUGCGAAGACGGCGUCCCGAGGUCUACAACAAAACCGCUCGUAUCUCUCUGGCCUCCUCCUUCCUAGCCUCUCUCUUCCUCGGGGCCAUUGCGCCCAUAGACAUAAGUGACGUGACUGGCAUGAAUCUAUGGGAUAUCGCUGGCGAGAAGUGGAAUGAGACACUCCUGGAGUUGACGGCGACUAAGGAGGGUGUGACUGAGCUGCGCAAGAAGUUAGGCGACGUACCACUGGACGGCGGUGGUAGCUUGGGUGGUAUCUCCUCGUAUUUUGUGCAGCGAUUCGGGUUCAGCCCUGAGUGUCAGGUUGCGCCCUUCACAGGUGACAACCCGGCAACGAUUCUAUCUUUGCCUCUGAGGCCGCUCGAUGCCAUCGUCUCGCUCGGCACCUCCAGUACGUUCCUCAUGAACACACCCAGCUACAAGCCCGACCCGUCGUAUCAUUUCAUGAACCACCCCACCACCAAGGGCCACUUCAUGUUCAUGCUGUGCUACAAGAAUGGCGGCCUCGCUCGUGAGAAAGUCCGCGACAAGUUGCCCAAACCCGCCGGCGCUGACCCCUGGGGGUCUUUCAACAAGCAGGUCCUUGAAACCCCACCCCUAGAUAUACGGAAAGACGGUGAUAGGGCUAAAUUGGGCUUGUAUUUCCCGCUCCCCGAGAUCGUGCCUAACAUCAAGGCUGGUACUUGGCGAUACACGUGCGAGAGCGCGGACGGCUCAGACCUGAAAGAGUCGGGUGAUUGGGGCGCGGAGCCCGACGCCCGCGUUAUUGUGGAAUCACAAGCGCUGUCGAUGAGGCUGCGAUCGCAGAAGUUGGUAAGCCACCCACCGAAGCGACCCGAACUACCGGCACAACCACGCCGUAUCUACCUCGUGGGUGGUGGAUCGCUGAAUCCGGCGAUCGCGCGGGUGUUUGGCGACGUACUGGGCGGCGCCGAUGGCGUAUAUAGGCUCGACGUCGGCGGUAAUGCAUGCGCCCUUGGAGGCGCAUACAAGGCGCUCUGGGCGCUUGAGCGUCACGACGCUGACGAGAGCUUCGACGACCUCAUCGGCAAGCGCUGGAAGGAGGAGGACGAGAUCCAGAAGGUCGACGACGGGUAUCGUGACGGCACAUUCCAGAAAUACGGCAGGGUGCUUGGUGCGUUUGAGGAGUUGGAGGAGAAGAUUUUGAAGGUUGCUCAUAAUUAAAGGAGGUUUGACAUUUAGACUCAAGAUUUGAGAUUGAGCGAUGGAAAUAGAGAGUAGAGCGUAAGUAGAGGACCUAAGCCUAAGAGAGGUAGAUCUUUAGAGUGCCUAUUACAUACUACAUACUACAUAGGUACGGAGAUGAAUGAACUAGAGAUGGCAAGAUCGUCAUAAGGCAUUCAACCUACCGGUGCUAGCUCAUGGCUGGUGAACUACUAUCUACAGUGUCCUGCAUAUAUCCUUCAUGAAAAUCUAGAUGUGCCAGGUUUAGCGGAUGGGCUAGCUAUUUAGGCGUGGUCUUGAAGAGUCUACCAGACUCUAUCUACAUGUAGGUGUGUGUGUAUGUAUGUAUAGGAGCUUUAGGAGGUUAAUCGACA